UUGCGUUAGGUUGUUGAGGGUUGUUGGUGCGGAGUAAAGCUCAUUUGCGAAGUAGUUUUAAAUUCCUUUACUAUCAGUAUAUCCCGCAGACCGUAUAGCAUUAGUCCGUUGUACUAUUAUCAGUCGCAGCUGUACAAUCCCGUUAAGUGCCGAAGGUGCGUUGCCGUGAUGUAAUCAAACGAAUGAAAGUGUCAAGUAGUGUAGAAUUUGAAUUCUUGAAAAUGGCGAAGUUGUAUCGAAGGUAACAUCAUCAUCGUUACCUGUAGACGCGAACGCGAGCGAGAUAUACCUGGUGCUCGCUGGACAAGACACGGUGCAAGGGUGUUUUGGUGGUAGUGCUGGUUGGGGCGUGGUGGACGUUCAGAGCGCUUCAGUUCAGUGUUGUUUCAAUCCACCGUCAGCAUUCGAACGGGCACAGGAGGUGAUCGAGUGUGUGAGAGUACGGGAACGGUGCAUAGUGUUGUGGGGGCAGUGGUUCGCGAGGAGCCGAUUUUAGCCAAAAUAAGGUGAAGAGGAGAAAGAGAAAAAACAAGCACCAUUCACAUACCAUCAGCAAACGUAUUAAAAUAUAUAUGAAAAAAAAAAAAUAAAAUAAACCAACAACUGCAGAACGUACGGAGAGUCCACACUCUGGUUUGGCCAGUGUUGAGAAGAAAUUUCUCGCUGAAACUUGCUUCUAGUGCAAGAAUGUAUGCAAAAGCUCACCGCUCGUGCUAGGGGAUAAAGCAACCGCUACCGAAGUAUUAUUUUACUGCUCACAAUCGAAAAACGGCCAUAAGCGCAUACUGCCCAAAUUCAUAGAUCGCGAGCAACGAUCAUCCGCCACAGAAUUGUAUAGUUAAGGCGAUGCGCCCACGAUGCCCGGUCCUAAACCGAACAUCUACGCAGUACUGGUAACCUGUCUCGGGUUCCUAUGUCUGAUCAUCAGUGCCACCGCAGUCGGAGUGCCAAUAUGGGCCUAUUAUGAGAGCCGAGGGGGAGAGGAUCGGGGUUACUUUGGACCCUGGCAAAAGUGCCAGGUGCUCAGCUAUCGUGAGCGAUGUGGCGACGUGGGAAGAUUUCAACCGUCCGGUGUCGUUUUCACCAGUGGCCUAAUGGCUGUUGCGGCCUGCUUUCUGUUUGGCAUCUUCUGCGUGCUGAGCAUCCUGCAGAUAGCAAUGAUUUCUUCACGUGACCAAAUCUGCAUGAAGUAUACCGGCCUCGUUACACUAAAGCUGAUACUGGUAGUCCUAGGAACGUUUCUGUCGCUGGCGGCAGCUGGGCUGUUUGCUCUGCAGACCGACGACGAGCGAUCUGGUUACCAUAUUACCAGGGGUGUAUCCUUCUAUCUGCAGAUAGUAACGGUCGGCCUAUCGUUGGCGUUGCUUGUCCUCUCGCUGUACGACAAAAUUCUCACGAAGCGACCCGACGGUGAUCCGACCAUGAUGACCAACACGAAUGGUUCGACGACGUACAACAACCCCGGCUUCCGAGACACAAACGGAAUCGCGGUGACCGAAAACAGCGGUCGGCCCUACUCGAGUAUCAACGGUAGCGUACAAUCGAUGAACACAACUGUGACGACUAUGUCGAACGGGUCAACGAUUGGUUCGGCUUCGGUCACGAGAACACCGCUACGGUCCAGUCUUAAAAAACCUCGACCUCAGAAUGCCGACGGAUUGGGCAUCCGCAAUCCGGGUUAUUCCGAAAAUGGCACUGUCAAAAAGGUGCGCAUACAAACGCACAGUACUGAAGUUUAAGGCGCUUGAUGAGGGAGAAGAAAAGUCAGCGCUGGCCAAGUGCAUUAUUGAGUCUCGCUUUCUAUCUGAUAUUCGACAGAUCCGUCCAUACUGUAUGAAAUCGAAGUUUUUAAUUUUAAGGCAUUUUUUGAUUUGUUUUUACCAAUAUCACUCUAAGUUUACGCAUAAAGAGAAGCAAUCGAGAAAAAAAAAUCUAGAAACUUAUCCUAGUUUAGCGGGAUAUGAAAAUCAAUAGAUCUGAUUUAAGUGUUAUUUAGUGAUAGUCAGUUUAGCUUUUCUGUUAGGAUCAUCACUUCUAAAGUACUGAUUGUAAAUACAAUGCGAAUCAAUUCACAGAGAAGAACACAUUCAAAAGACACGUACUACGAACAGAAAGAUAGGAGUAUGAGUACUAUGCACAAGACAUUCGUUGUAGAAUAAUUAGUGAGAUUUGACAGAUUAUUUAUGAGAGCGAGAGUUUGUAAUCGGAAUGCAAUUGAAAAAAGUGCACUUAAGUGAUGCCUUAGCACAUGCACAAAAGUGGACAUUAAAUCUAGGUGUAUGAAUCUCUUCAUAUAUAAUUCUAAAUAAUAGUGAGCUAAGAAUAUUUGGUCGGCCGUCCGCAAGUAUCUAUCGUUAAUAUUAGGGCCGUGGUUUUAGCCUUUCAAAACUGUUGGCCUUCCAUAGUAAAGGUUAGAACACAAGUAGUACAAACGGUACUCAUCCAGCAUUAUUAUCCAUGUUUUCAAAUUGGUCUUCCUAGAAUCACAAUUAAUUUUAGUUUUUUUCCUUCUGUUUUUACCUUAAAUAAAAUAAGUGUUUUAGUUGUUUUACAUGGCAGCGAAUGUUAAAACUUUUACCAUUACUGAAGGCAAUUUAAACUUAUCUAAUAUAUCCGUCCUGAGAGCGUCUUUUAAGCAAAAAUAAAAAGAAGAAAUUCUUUAGUAUUCAAGAAAAUAA